CCGCUGCGUGUGACGUCAUCAGGCCGCGACGCCGAGCUGGCAGAAGUUUCAGAAGAAACCGACGAGAGACCGAGAACACACCGUGCUGCCGCAGACUCAGGAUGCAGUUCUUGUCGCUCCGCACACAAUGAAUCGUGAUGAAGAGAUCAAAGCUGGUCGGAGUGUUCCUCUUCGUGGGCGGCCUUCUCGCCUACCUGAUGUUUGUGAAGCGCCACUACAGCGCCACAAAGCCCAAAGCCGACGGACUAACUCCCCCAUACCGGCCCGGCUCCAACAAGCUCGCGGGCGAUAGGCCCACCCCUGCUGCUGGACGGAGCUUCCAGUAUGGCAUCAUGUUCGAUGCUGGGAGCACUGGGACCAGAAUCCACAUCUUCAAGUUCCAGAUGGAGCUCAAUGAAGCUCCUAAACUGGCCCACGAGACGUUCAGAGCAAUCAAACCUGGACUGUCUGCGUACGCUGACGACCCAGAGAAGUGUGCAGCAGGAGUCAUGGAGCUUCUGGAGGUGGCCAAGUCCACUGUCCCCCCCGCCAGCUGGACCCUCACCCCCGUGGUCCUGAAGGCCACAGCCGGCCUCCGCCUGCUGCCUGGAGAGAAGGCCAAACACCUGCUGGACAGGGUGAGGGCGCUGUUCGCUCAGUCUCCCUUCCUGUCCAGAGACGACAGCGUGUCCAUCAUGGACGGCACCGAUGAAGGGAUCUCUGCCUGGAUCACCGUCAACUUCCUCACUGGUGAUCUUCACAGUGCAGACUCGUCCACAGUGGGGAUGCUGGAUUUGGGGGGGUCGACUCAGAUCACCUUCAGCCCUCAGGACGAGAAAACCAUCCAGACUUCACCCAUCGACUACAUCAGGUCCUUCAGGAUGUUCAACAGCACACACACGGUCUACACACACAGUUAUCUGGGUCUGGGUCUGAUGUCUGCUCGGCUCGCCGUCCUCGGAGGCGUCGAGGCUUCUCCCCUAGAGGGCAGCACUGAGCUGGUCAGCCCCUGCCUUGCUCCAGAGUCCUCGGGCAGCUGGGAGCACGCUGACGUGGUCUACACUGUGAGGGGACAGAAGGCAGGGGAGCCGGUGUACGAGGCGUGUCGGACCAGAGUGGAGAAGGUUCUGUACAGGAAGGUGGUGAAGGCGUCCGAGGCCGCAGACGUGGAGUUCUACGCCUUCAGCUACUACUACGACCGGGCCGUCGACCUCGGGGUCAUCGAGGAGCAGAGGGGAGGAACCAUCAGAGUGGUCGACUACAUGGAGGCAGCUCAACGAGUGUGCAGCGGUCCGUCCGUCAGUCCUCUGCAGAGUCCGUUCCUCUGUCUGGACCUGGUCUACAUCUCAGUCCUGCUGCAGGAGCUCGGAUUCCCCCCACAAACAGUUCAAGCUGGCGAGGACCAUCAACCAUGUGGAAACCAGUUGGGCUCUGGGAGCAACUUUUCAUUACAUCGAGUCCCUGAAGCUUUUAUUGUGAAAACCCUCAGGGAGAUCCUGAUGAUGAUCCUGACCCCCCCCCCUUCAGGUGUACGAGUUCCUUCUUCUCCUGAACAAAGUGACCUCAUAGAAACCGAAACACUCACAGGCAGCGGUGGAACGAUAGUACAUGAACUCAAGUCCUGCACACGUAUGAGGUACUUUGAGUAUUUCCGUUGUCUGCUACUUUACUUUAACUACUUCAACUCUGACAGCUGAAGAAACUACAGGAUAUGUUUUUGGUAAUAAAGUUUGAGAGUACGUUUAGAAGCUGAUACUUCUCCACCGCUGCUCAGAUAUUAAAGUUUACCUCCAGUCCUUCAGCUGCUCCUUCAGUCUUUAAACGGUACUCUGCUUUUUACUGCAGCGGGUUUUAUAUUUAAUCUCUGGAUUAUUUGUUUUUUGUGCCAAAAAUAUGAAGUUUUAUUUUCACAGAAACCGACGGUGAUGAUAAAAUACAUUUAUUACUGUUUUACAUAUUACUUUGAGCUGAGGUCACCUGACGUGAUCUUCACACUCGUCUGUCCCAGUGAAACCAGUAGGACACUGGUCCUCACGUCUCUGACCUCACAGGGACAAAUGUUCGUUUGUAUCGACAGCGUGUCCGAUUGUUUUCUACCCAGAAGGACUUCCUGUUUGUGUUUGAAACAAUAAACAGACGUGAAUG